AUGCAUCAGAAAAUUCAUACAGGUGACAGAUCCUAUGUGUGUAUUGAAUGUGGACAUGCCUUCAUUCAGAAGACACACUUGAUUGCUCAUCAACGAAUUCAUACUGGAGAAAAACCAUAUGAAUGCAGUAUCUGUGGGAAAUCCUUCAUUUCCAAGUCACAGCUCCAAGUACAUCAACGAAUUCACACAAGAGUGAAGCACUAUACAUGCAGUGAGUAUGGAAAGGACUUCAACAGUAGUUCCAACCUCAUUACACAUAAGAAAGUUCAAAUUAGAGAGAAAUCUUCCAUAUGUUCUGAAUGUGGGAAGGCCUUUAUGUACAGGUCAGAGUUGAUUAUACAUCAGAGAAUUCACACUGGAGAGAAACCUUAUGAAUGCAGUGACUGUGGAAAAGCCUUCACUCAGAAGUCAGCACUCACAGUGCACCAGAGAAUUCAUAGAGGAGAAAAAUCAUAUGUAUGCAUAAAAUGUGGGCUGGCCUUUAUCCAGAAGGCACACUUGAUUGCACAUCAAAUAAUUCAUACUGGAGAGAAACCUUAUAAAUGUGGUCACUGUGAGAAAUUCUUUACUUCCAAGUCACAACUCCAUGUGCAUAAGCGAAUUCACACAGGAGAAAAACCCUACAUGUGCAGUAAAUGUGGGAAAGCAUUCACCAACAGGUCAAAUCUUAUUACACAUCAGAAAACUCACACAGGAGAGAAAUCCUAUAUAUGCUCUAAGUGUGGGAAGGCCUUUACUCAGAGAUCAGAUUUGAUUAUACAUCAAAGAAUUCAUACCGGAGAGAAACCAUAUGAAUGCAGUAACUGUGGGAAAGCCUUCACCCAGAAGUCACACCUCAAUAUACACCAGAAAAUCCAUACUGGAGAGAGACAAUAUGAAUGCCAUGAAUGUGGGAAAGCCUUCAACCAGAAAUCAAUCCUCAUUGUGCAUCAGAAAAUUCAUACAGGAGAGAAACCCUAUGUAUGUACUGAGUGCGGAAGAGCCUUCAUCCGGAAGUCAAACUUUAUUACUCAUCAGAGAAUUCAUACUGGAGAGAAACCUUACGAAUGCAGUCAUUGUGGGAAGUUGUUCACCUCCAAGUCUCAGCUUCUGGUGCAUCAGCCAAUUCACACAGGAGAGAAGCCCUAUGUGUGUGCUGAGUGUGGGAAAGCCUUUAGUGCCAGGUCAAAUCUGAGUAACCACCAGAAAACUCAUACUGGGGAAAAGCCCUACAUUUGUUCUGAAUGUGGGAAGACCUUCAGACAGAAGUCAGAGUUGAUUACACAUCAUAGAAUUCAUACUGGAGAGAAACCUUAUGAAUGCAGUCAUUGUGGGAAGUUGUUCACCUCCAAGUCUCAGCUUCUGGUGCAUCAGCCAGUUCACACAGGAGAGAAGCCAUAUGUGUGUGCUGAGUGUGGGAAAGCCUUUAGUGCCAGGUCAAAUCUGAGUAACCACCAGAAAACUCAUACUGGGGAAAAGCCCUACAUUUGUUCUGAAUGUGGGAAGACCUUCAGACAGAAGUCAGAGUUGAUUACACAUCAUAGAAUUCAUACUGGAGAGAAACCUUAUGAAUGCAGUGACUGUGGGAAGUCUUUCACUAAGAAAUCACAGCUCCAAGUGCAUCAGCGAAUUCACACAGGAGAGAAACCUUAUGUGUGUGCUGAGUGUGGGAAGGCCUUCACCGACAGGUCAAAUUUGAAUAAACACCAGACAACACACACUGGAGACAAACCCUACAAGUGUGCAGUCUGUGGGAAAGGCUUUGUUCAGAAAUCAGUGCUCAAUGUGCAUCAGAGUAUUCACACUUGUGAGAAACUGUGAAAAAAACAUCACUGAGGACAGUUCUGAUUGUACAUUAUUGAAUCCAUGCUGCAGAAAACAUGUAUAUUAUUGUAAGUAGAAAUGUCCAAAUCAGAAUGUCACACAUUACUUUUCAAAAGAGGACCUCUGGGAAGGCACUGAAUGAGUCAGGAGACCCUUCCCACAUUGUGAACAGCUUCAUUAAUGUUUGGGGCAUUUAUCCUGAGCAUAAAAUGAGUAAAAAAUAUGAUGGAACACUGUUACCAAAUUCUUCAUAGAAAAGAUUAUAUUGUCAUGUAAAUGAUAAUCCUGUUUACUGUGGAUUAGGAACACUGCCAACAAAUUGAAUGGUAAAACAACAUCAUGUAUACAGUAGUGACAAAUCCUGAAUUCUCAGAGUUGCAGAACACAUGGUCUAACAGAACUGUGGGUGUUUUUCAUUCUUCUGUUGAAUCUAACACAGUUGUGCGUGUCCAGUCCCCCACUGAGUAUUUCUAUUAUGACAGACAUACCACAAUUUUUAAAA